AUGGUAGCCGUGGAUGGCGGCAUCCCACCCAGAGGGGGCGUUGUGGCUCUCUGCAUCGAAGCGUGGGUCAAGUCGCCCGAGAGCUCGACAUCUCGAUACAGGGAUGCAGGAAUGGCCGAAACUCCUCCAGCUUCUGACACUGAGAGAAUUGCUCAUCCCCGCUGGUUGCCGCUCGACAGUGGGCAACUGGAUCCCCAACAACGCCCAAAGCAUCGAUACGGAAUUUCUUCGAAGCUGCCGCCUGCCCCUCAUCAUUUGGACGCUGUCAGCGCUGCCAAGCUGCAUCGAGACGAGGGGGUUGGGCUGCGCAUUCGUAUCCCAAGGGCAGGCGCUUUCGGCGUGCAAGGUGCCCGGAGACUACAUUUGUGUGGUAUUGCCACUCGCAGCUGGGCAAUUGGGCUGGGCAAAGCAUUGCUCGGCUGA